UUCGUUAUAUUUCUAGUCAUGUCUCAUGACAUGUUACUGCGGUGGCUGCCCGAAAGUAGGUAACGGAGAAUGGCGUUCUCAUCUCUGCGGGCUUUGGUUUCAUCACCUCCCCCACCGGGCGGAAGGGACUCCGUUAUCAGACUGGAACAUGCGGUUCGAUUUCCGGACAAAGAUUUCCAGGCAAGAAGCAAAAUUAGACCAGCAAAGCUUGUAGGCAACAUAUCACGAAGAGAUGCAAUGACCUGCUUGUCUGCUACCCUGUUGGCGACCUUCCUGUGGACUGAGCCUGCUGAAGCUCGUUCUGUGAAGCCAGAGACUAGAAGAAAAAUCAGGGAGAAGCUUGACAAACUUAGAGAGAAAGCAGGAGUACCAAAGGAGAAGAUGGAGUCGAGCCCUGACAAGAAGGAUAGACUGCCAACUAGUCCAUCAAACAGUUUGAACUUACCUUCCGUCGAGGCAACCCUUUAAACCUACCUUUCAGUUUUGUUUCCUUUAGGGCUCGGUAUAACCUUGUAUUAAUACAUAAUUGUUACAAUUGCUAGAUUUUGCAACCUAUGAUAGUGUUAUCAACCUUUCUUGAUGCUCAUUGAAAUCACUUUAAAUGCUGAUAAGAAUUGCAAUGAAUGCAGAGUAGAAUGCUUUUAGAA